AUAUAAUCAGAUCGAAAUCGAAGCUAGAACAGAAACUUGCACAACUCUUCCUAAAGGAAAUAAAAAUACAAAUCUAAAUCGAUUAAAUUAUAUGCCACAAUUAACGAGAUUUCAAGAAGUGACGGUCUAACUCCAAGCAAUUAAACGUUAUAUUUGACUAACUAACUUAUGAUAUGUGUGUAUUCUAUACUCUUCCAAAUGGUCCCAGAGUCCCACUUAAGCCCAGACCACUCGCGCGAUCCCCAUAGCUACACACUCAACACUCUCGACGUAGUGUUCCAAUUACGAAUCAAAUCAGAUAACCCUUAGCUGAAAUUCGACUAGCAAAAUCAAUAUGAUAAUAACACUUAUUCGUGCGUUAAGAUUAAAGAGAUAAUCUGGUACAUCCCUUACUUUAAAAAAUCAACCAAAAUGCCGGGUAAUUAAUCAAUAAAAUACAUAUUAUUAGUUCUAAUCUAAGCGGAGUAAACAAAAUACAUCAACAUAAUGAUAAAGAAAAAUAAGCAACGUGAGCAACGUAAUAUGGGAAAUCUGUAACUUUGGUGAUCUUUUUAAAUGUUAUUAGAAAACAAAAAAUCAAGUUUAAUGACGAAUACAAAUCAAACCAGUUUUUAAUGUGACUUAAAAUACGACGUAAACGACAUUUUUCCACAAAAUUAUGUAUGUAACAAGACAAAACCAAAUUAAGAGUUUGUGACAUUUGCAAUUUAUUGAAAGUUUAUGAUCUUUUCGAUAGAAUUAUGUCAAGCUGUCAAACAAUUAGUUAUAAGCGCUUCAAUACAAAAUACCAUUAAACAAAAAUCAACAAACUCAAUUAAGUUAAAAAGAACACAAUUAUAUUUAACAAAAUCUUUAGGUUUUAAAACAAAUUACAAUUAUUUUUAUCAAGUUUUGCGGCUUUGUUUUAAAUCUGAUUUCUAAACACACAAAAUCAACCCAUCCCUUACAAAACAAAAACAAUUUCAGUUUGCGUUUAAAAUAAGAAAACAGCAUACACAAUUCAUUUUUGUUCAAUAAAAUAUAUUUAACUAAAAAUUCGACUUACUUUUUGAGAAAGGGGCUAGCAUGUUGUCUGUUCUUAGAAGAUCUUUCGGGAAGGUGCGACUGUAUCCGCACGCCAAUUUCGUGGCCAGAUACAAAGCCACUCAGGAAGCCAAGAGCGCACUGAUCAUCCUGGCCCCUGGUGCCGAGGAAAUGGAGUUUACAAUAUCCGCAGAUGUCCUACGACGAGGAAAAAUUAAUGUCACCGUAGCGGGGUUGAACUGUGAGCCGGUCAAGUGCUCUCGGUCUGUUGUCAUCGUGCCGGACACUUCCCUGGAACAGGCCCUGUCCCAAGGAAACUACGAUGUGGUGGUCCUGCCUGGCGGAUUAGCUGGAAACAAGGCGUUGAUGAACUCAACUGCCGUUGGUGAAUUACUGCGUUGUCAGGACUCAAGAGGCGGAUUGAUUGCUGCCAUUUGCGCGGCUCCCACUGCGCUGGCCAAGCACGGAAUCGGAAAAGGGAAAUCUAUUACAUCGCACCCAGAUAUGAAGCCGCAACUGGAGAAACAUUACUGCUAUAUAGACGACGUGUCGGUGGUUCAGGAUAAAAAUAUUAUUACAAGUCGUGGUCCUGGCACUUCCUUCGACUUCGCUUUAAAGAUUACCCAGGAGCUGGCUGGAGUUGAAGUUGCCAAAGAGGUGGCCAAGGCAAUGCUUUGGACAUACAAAUUAUAAUGGAAUGGUAUAAAUGUUUAUUAUACAAAGUUGUGGUGUAUAAAAUUUGUAAUGUUUUCCUUAA